AGGUUCCGGCGAACCAGCGAACAUCGCGGUUGCCUCAAACCUUGAUCGGCAUUCACACGUGGACCUUCGUACCAGUCGGGUGUGUGCGCGAAAACGAGAAUUCGAAAUAAGCUCGUAAGAGGAAAAAGGAUUAAUUUAUAAAUAGUAUUGUUGAUAAAAACCUCGCAUUGUUUCACGCGAAGCUUUCUCCCGUGAAUUUCAUGUCGCGCGAGGAUUGAAUUAUCGUCCGCAAAAACGUCUGUUACGUGUUUCUUUUUGUUCUCUUGUUCGUCCUUUUGUUGUUGGAACUGAAUCGUUAAUCAAAUUUGGAGUAUACGCGUUUAUAUAUUUUUAUUGAAUAUUGAAUUUGUGCGAGCGUGGGUGCCCGAUUGAUCUCAAACCUCGAGAUAACAUCUUCGUGUGGAUUUAAAUCGCCAGGAGUUAAAUAAAAGUGUCGUUUGUAAUCUGCGUGGGAAUUUUACGAAUGAUAUAAUUUCGCCUAGAUCGUACUUUGUUGUACGCAAGCAACUACCUCGUUCCUUAUUGCGUAUAAAGUUCCGUACGACCUCGCCCUCGAAGCUCACAUAAAUGCUCCAGAAACGCCUGUGAUAAAUAAAUAGUGCCGAGUGCGGACGGUGAACGUGCGUCGUUCCACGUACACGAGGAAUAUAUAAAAGUUUAUAUUUUCCUCAGGUGAUCUUUGAUUCUGUUUUUUUUUCACCGUUUUCUCUUCCUCUCUCUCUUUACAUUUUUGUCUUUCGUGGUGAAAGAAGGGCGCGGUUGUCCCGCAAAAUCGCCAAAAUUUUGAGAAUGCUGAUGCCGACUGCCGCGGGUUUGAGCGCCGUUGGUACGGUCGCGACCGUAGGUGCUCCAGGGCCGGACGAGCUCGUCUCCAGUCUCGGCGCUCUUGCCGGCGUAACGCCGCAACAGAAAGACACCACCUGGACUAAAUUGUUCGUCGGUGGUUUGCCGUAUCACACUACUGACAAAAGCCUCAGAGAACAUUUCAACGUCUACGGGGACAUCGAGGAAGCCGUCGUCAUCACCGACAGGCAGACUGGCAAAAGUAGAGGCUAUGGUUUCGUAAUAAUGGGUGACAGACCAGCAGCGGAGCGAGCUUGCAAGGACCCAAAUCCCAUAAUCGAUGGUCGGAAAGCCAACGUGAAUCUCGCAAUUCUGGGGGCAAAGCCACGGGGCAAUCUCCAAGCAACAUUCCCAUUCGCAGCUGGUAUUCGAGCAGGGUAUCCCGCAGUUCUACCGAGCCAGUAUGGAGUACCACCAGGUUAUAUGUACCAAUCGCCGUAUCUCGCCGCCGCGGCCCCGGGUGGUCAACUUCUUCAGCUGCCAACGACGCAACUGAGUCACGCAGCCGCUGUUGCGGCUGCAUCGCAAUUCUACGAGUACCAGAACGCGGCAGCCGCGGCUGCGAGCUACCCUGGCACGUCGUACAACUUUGCCGAUGCAUAUUCGCCCUACACGAGCGCUGCUGCCGCCGGUAUGUGUUUCAAAAACGUCCACAAGAGCCCAAUCGACAGCAACGAACUCGCCAAUCGCCUCCACCAUCAACAGCAACAACAGCAGCAACAACAGCAACAACAUCAGCAGCAUCAGCAUAACGGGAACACUACCGGAAGUCCGGGUUUGAUGGGACACCAUCGAUUGGACAAAAACCCACUGACAUUCUAUCUGCCGUCAAUGCUUCGUGGCAAUGCGAACGCAGCUGCAGCGAAUUACGUAACUUCGUACACGUACGCUGCGUUGCCCGGUGCCGCAGGAUUGCCGGGAUCAACGGCCGGUGCGGCUUUUCCGGGAUUGCCUUACCAAACGACACCCCAGGAAGCGAGACUCCAGUAGAAGAUGCUCGCAAGAUCUUUCCAAGAGAUAUAAAUUUGGACGCUACAAAGGGAUGGAGAAAAAAAAUGAAGAUAAUUGCGACGCGAGACUCAAAAACGAACGUAACGCGAUAGACGAAUUCGAAAAUCACGAAUCAAUAUGUUGUCUAUGAUAGCGGCAGAAAGCCAUUCGUUUCGCUGACUCGAAUGAAACGACAGAUUGUUCUCUACCAAAAACGUAACAAGAUUCGGUUGUUAUUUUGUUUUUCACCGACGACAGUUCAACCGUCGAGAUCAUCGUAUUUUCGAGAGUAUUUCGUUUUAUCAUUUCGAAACGCGACGACAUGACAAUCAGAACAUCUUUUUCACGAGCUCAAAUCAAAAUGGAAAAAACUAAAAAACAAAAGUCGAAAUAGUAUUUUCGAUCGUCCAGAAUAUAGCAGCGCGAGAUUAUUUCUCAUCGUGAAAAUUGAGGAUCGCGGGAGAUCGUCUAGCGAGUAAAAUAGUCUCGUUUUGAUGGAUAAGAAGCGAAUAACGAGUAAAAAUUCGUAGGUAGAAAUCGAAUAACGGCCGAUCAUUAUCUUUAUGAUUAUUUCUCUAAGAGUCCCUUGACAAUGAAAUGACUACGAUAAAAGGGAAUCAAAAACAAAUGGGGAUCAAGAAUUGUUAUUUUUGUCGUCGUUAGUAAAAAAAUCAGUGACCUUCGAAACGGUAUUUUCGAUCGAUGUUUUUCUAAAAAUUUCCUCGAAACACAGCAAAUCUGACAUUUCACCAUUCUUGUCUCACUAUAUAGACAUACCGAUAAAUAGAUAGAUGGAAAAUAAGUGUAAUUCACGGUAAAUCUCCUCUAGAAUAUCUUCCUUACCGUAGACUCAUUCACGUAUAUGCCAGGUCCCCAUCGUAUAAUUAGGAGCCAAAAUUGGCAAUGCCGAAUGCAGCCAGCCAAUCGCCCUCCAAAGAGAGAUACUAGUGUUAUACUAUUUAUAUUGACGUUGCGAGCUGCUAUUGAUGUAAGAAUAAUUUACACGCGUUAUUGUAAAGUACGACGAAGGAUUUACGACGUUGUAUCAUUUCGGGACAGCUAAACGUCUGAAUAGAUUAUUACACUAUAAAUACAUAUAAAUAUAUUAUAAAUAUAUAUAUAAAUAUAUAUAUAUAUCUAUACAUUUGUAUAUAGAAAUAUAUGCACAUGUAUAAAUAUAGAUAUGAGAAAAAAUACAAUUAUACAUAGUACAUGAUAAUUAACAGUUGAAAGUCGAGGGACGACUUUCUCGUCUCUGAUGUAAGAUAUAUGUUUCGUUAUUGAAGCGAAUUCACGGACUAUCGUUAGGAGGCAAACUACGCUGUGUCCUGUAACAAUUAGGCCUUACGAAACUCUAGCUUUAAAUCCAAGCUUCGUUUCUUAUCGUCAACCUUUCUUUUUCAUUUUUCAUUUUUCAUUUUUUUUUUUUUUUUUUUCAUAUGGACGAUGUUAAAAUAGAGUCGAUGAGAAUGAAAAGAUAAAUGGUUCGUCACCUUUUUUCGGUCCAUGCACGCGUUCGAUAACGAGACGAGAGAUGGAGCCUGUUUUUUUGUUCUUUCCUUCUUCUUUUUUUUUCAUUGUUACACUGUAUAUUUCGUUCAAAACUCUAACCGAGGUUGGCUUCGUCAUCCGAAGCGAGUUGCAAAGUGUCUUUUAUCGUGGCCUUGAAUCCCGAGUACGUACGACGCGUCACGUGCCGACUCAGCUGUCGAACUUGGCACUUUUUGUUGUUUCUGUAAAAGCUGUUUCAAGUGUCGAAAGUCUUGGCUAAAUUGUUUUCAAUAUUUCCAUAUGUACCGUGCUCCAAAGAAUUAAUUUCAAUUUUACUCGUGCUCGCGCGAUUCUCACUCGCAUUGUUUUAUCAAUGUCGCUGUACCAGUCGUUCAACUUUCUCUAUGCGAACUCGAAACGAUUAUUUGCUUUUCGACACUUGAGACAAUUUACGGUUCGAAAAGUACCGGGAGCUCAGUUGACGUAGCAUUGUCCUGGAAGAUAACGGAAUAAAGAUGGUACAAAAAAACGUUCAUAAAUGUAUACACAAGUGAACACUGAACGCUGAUAAUCAUAGAAAAAUAUUUUUUUCGUAAUAAAUAUUGGCCGGUUUAAUUGGUUCUUUGAAAUCGUCGUACGUCAAUUCAAUAUCCAGAAAUAUGAGGCACGUUUAAUGCGAGAAAAAAACGCACUUUAUGAAACUACGUCGAUUCGCUAUUCACAAUCGUCCUUUGGUGCUUUAUUUCAAAGUUCAAGUCCACUCAUGGCCCUGUACUCAUUCGUCGGUUAGAUGCUAGUCAGUAAGAACACGUUGGUUUACUCUAGAGAGGAACCGAGAAACGGAGACACACAUAAUAAAAGGUAUUCGCCAGAGAGGAACGUGUGCUAGUUUUGUAUUGCAAGAACAAACGAGAAUUCGAAGGAGAAAAAAGAAAGGAAGAAACAACAAAAGGGUAAGGGAAUAAGGAAGAAACGAAGACUAUGAAAAAGAAAUGUAGAGAUAGAUAGAGAGAGAAGAGAAAGAUGAAAAUGAGUGAGUGAAUGAGAAAGACAGAAAAGUCUCGGAGAGCUAAUGGAAUGAGGCUGUCUAGUCUUAAAAUCUUAGUGACUCAAGUGAGGAAGUUACAUUGUUCUUCAGUCCUUAAACGAUUGAUAUUUCAUAAGGACAGAAGGAGACUAAGAUACUGAUUAACUCAAAAAUGUAAAGGGAAACAAACGAAAAGGAAGAAACAAAAACAAUAAGCAAAUCAAUAUUGGGAUUAGAAAUAUCGUAAAAUCAGUUGUACUUGUAUAAAGACACGCGAGAGAGAGAGAGAAAGAAAGGUUCAAAACAAAAAAAGAAUGGUAGGAGAGAAAGGAAGAGAGUAAUGAAACAUUUAAGUCUAAGUAGUAAUGAUAAUUCAUUAUAAGCAUAUAAAAUAUAUUCAAUCGUAUAGGUUAAUAGUUAAAUAAAUUAAUAUUAUUAUCAUUAUUACCUCUAGUGCGACGAUUAUUUUAUUAUUAUUGCCAUUUUAUUAUUAUCAUUAUUACAAUUAUUAUUAUUGACUCUUAAUAUUGCUAUUAUCAUUAAUUAUUAUUUACAAUUACAUACUCUUCCUCACUGACCGUAUUCAUGAAAAAUUGUACUUAAACGUUUAUGAUAUACAGGCAGAAGAGAUCCAUCAGUGAGAUGAAAAAAAAAGUUGAAUUACACCGGCAACCGUUAGUUUCACAAGAAGGAAAUAGCACACAAAGAAAUGGACAAAAAUGCCUUGACGAUCACUCAAAAGCAAUGAGAAAUAACGACAACAAACAUUGUACCGGUGACAGUGCGUUAAACAAUGCGAGUAGAAUUUUUAGGUCUACGAGUAUAUUUAACGAAUUAGCACACGUCAACCAGCGGAUCGUCAAUUGUAAUAUAUCGCUUGUUAUCUUCAGUAAUAAUAUUAUACCGUAGUAUAUUAGAUUAACGAAAAAAGAAAAGAAAAACAACAAAAAAAAAAUACCAAACAAAUAUAUUGUCUCUAAGAGAAACUAGGA